CAACGCCUUCGCUUCUUCUUCUCCUUCUCCUUCUCUUCUCCAGCUUCUCUUCUCCAGCUUCUCUUCUCCUCUUCUAUCACCUUCCCCGACUUCGUCGACGGUAGCGCAUCUGCAGAGGCCCAGGCAGCGGAGGACCGGAUCUUCUUGCGACCCCACUCGUGAGAAUUUUUCUGUAUCAUCUUCUCCUCGUCCGUCCUCACUUCCGGCUGCUGUUACUGCUGCUUUCGUGUCCCUCUGCACCGCGACACUUCCCCGAAUCCCCCCAGUCACCAUGCGCUUGGACGGCGUCGCCCCCCCGCCGGAUGCGGUCGAGAACAAGGCUCGCGACGAGAAGGAUGAUGACCUCGAGGACCUCAAGGCCGUCGGAAAUACCCCCGAGGUGGAUGCUUUUGGCGACGAGGCCAAUGCGGAGGUCAAGUACAAGACCUUGAAGUGGUGGCAAUGCGGAAUGUUCAUGAUCGCAGAAUCCGUGUCCCUCGGUGUCUUGUCGCUGCCUGCGACUAUGACGGCCUUGGGUCUUGUUCCUUCCCUCAUCCUAAUCAUCGGCCUGGGAAUCCUCGCCCUCUACACCGGCUACGUCAUCGGCCAGUUCCGCGAACGACACCCCUACAUCCACAACCUCGCUGAUGCGGGCGAGAUUCUCAUGGGCGCCUUCGGCCGGGAGCUGUUUGGACUCGGCCAGAUUCUCUUCUCCAUCUUCAUCAUGGGUAGCCACAUCGUCACCUUUACCGUCAUGAUGAACACCAUCACCGACCACGGUACCUGCUCCAUCGUAUUCAGUAUUGUGGCGUUUGUCAUAUGUCUGGUCCUUUCGCUCCCUCGCACCAUCAAGAAUUUGACAUACAUAUCCACGGCCUCCUUCCUGAGUAUCUUUUCCGCGGUUAUGAUCACCAUGAUUGGUGUUGGCGUGCAGUACAAGGGCGGCCAGAACAUCAGCAUCACCACCGACACGACCCUGUACACUGCCUUCAGCGGCGUCACUCAGAUUAUGUUCGCUUACUGCGCCCAUGUUGCCUUCUUCGGCCUGAUCGCUGAGAUGGAGGAGCCCAAGGACUUCCCCAAGGCACUGUGUCUGCUGCAGGCCUUUGAGAUCUGCCUGUACGUGGUGGCGGCCAUUGUGAUCUACUACUACGUGGGCAACGGCGUUGACUCGCCGGCCCUGGGCUCGGCUGGUCCAGUCUUGAAGAAAGUGGCGUAUGGCAUGGCCAUUCCCACGAUUAUCGGAGCCGGUGUGGUGAAUGGACACGUCGGUCUCAAGUACAUCUAUGUGCGUAUUUUCCGGAACUCCGGGCGCAUGCACAAGAACGACUGGAUCUCGGUGGGAUCGUGGAUUGCCAUUGGCGUGACCUGCUGGGUGAUUGCCUGGAUCAUCGGCGAGGGUAUCCCUUCAUUCAGCAACCUUGUCAGUCUGAUUAGCUCGCUGUUUGCUAGUUGGUUCAGUUUCGGUCUACCGGGUGCAUACUGGCUUCACAUGAACUACGGCCAAUGGUGGUCGAGCCCGAAGAAGUCCGCUUUGACCAUCCUCAACAUGCUGAUCUUCUGCAUUGGUGGCGCGAUGUGCGGUCUUGGUCUGUACGCGUCGGGCAAGGCCAUCCACGACGAUUCGUCCCGGAGCAGCUUUUCAUGUGCCAACAAUGCAUAGAUGGGUUACGGACUCGAUUAAAAAUUCAGGAUGACAAGACGACUAAUGGUGAUGAGGAGAUUUAAUGUAUAUAAGAGCAAGCAAUAGAUAGUAUCCGUUAUGAUCUGUGCUGAGCAC